GAUCAGAUGUGUGAGUUACCGUUAUUCAAGAAAUUGUAAUAACAUUGUUCAAGUAUAAAAAUUUGUUCGAGAAACUCAAAAACAAUGCUGAUUGAGGGGAAAAGUUUUUCUCUAAUGUGUUUCAUUUUCACCAUUGAAUUGGUCCAUUCUUUAAAGUUUAUUCAAUUCGAGGUUCCUAAAAGUGCCCCCGAGGGAUCGGAUGUACAAUUAAUCUGUAGUUAUGACCUUGAAGGUUAUCCACUUUAUCAGCUUAAAUGGUAUUAUAAUGGUUCUGAGUUUUUCCGCCACGAACCCAAGGUGAAAGAAGAACCUUUUCUUUACCUUAAAGUAAAUGGAAUCAAAAUAAAUAAAAAACGAUCCAAUUCAACCCAUUUAAUAUUAUCCGAUGUGUCCAAAUCAGUUGAAGGUCCAUUUGCCUGUGAAGUUUCAACCGAUUCAUUAUUUCAAACCAAAUACCUUGAGGCAAAUUUAACAAUUUCUGGUUCAAGAUCAUCGGGUUCCCAGAAGUUUGGAUUCACAAUUUAUGCUCAAUGGAAAAUAAUUAUCUCCUUAAUAAUAUUACAAUCAAUGAUUUCCCAUCAAGUGAUUACAAACCAUCUUAACCAUAAUCGGUAUCCAAUUAAUUAUAUUAAACAUUCAGAUUCUUGAUUUCUCUUGUAUUUGGAUAGGAUUGAAAUUGGAUUAACCAGGAAAUUGGAUUAUCUCUUCAUUUCCAUUCGCCAAAACAAUCAACGAUUAAUCAACAAUUGCAAAUGGAGUUGGAAUCAAAUCAUUUUUCUUUAUUCCUCCCUGUAAAAUAUUCAAAUUAUAUCAUGAUAAUUAUUAUUAUCUGUUUACAUUACCAGUGCAUUCAAUGAUUAUAUCAUUUUGUUUUAGAUAUUGAAUGUUGAUUCAUGAAUUUGAAAGUUAUCAUGAAAUUUUUUCUAUCGCAUAAACUUACAACAAGAAUGAUAAUAUUCAAUGUAAGAGAUGAUAAUAAAUGAACAACUUGA